CCCGCCUGCCUGUCGCCGGGGCUGGGAGAGAGCGCGCGCGCGCGCGCGUGUGUGUGUGUGUUAUGUGAGUGACGCGGCGGAGGUGUAGUUUGACGCGGUGUGUUACGUGGGGGAGAGAAUAAAACUGCGGCGAGAGCCUAGGCGCGAACGAAAGCAGUGACGGAGCAGCCUGCAGCCGAACUUGCCUUGCCCAAGAAUGUGUGGUUUCGAAAUUCAGUUCUUGCGUUACAAAGCCAGGUGGACUGGAGGUGGCCAUCUGUGUGAGAGCAAGUUGAAGGAGCAGACAUCAUUCAGGAAAGUAACUAAAUGACCAUGGAAUCUGGCGCAGAGAACCAACAGAGUGGCGAUGCAGCUGUUACAGAGGCAGAAAACCAACAAAUGACAGUACAGGCCCAGCCACAAAUCGCAACGUUAGCGCAGGUAUCUAUGGCAGCAGCUCACGCCACAUCUUCUGCUCCCACCGUGACCUUAGUACAGCUGCCUAAUGGGCAAACAGUUCAAGUCCAUGGUGUUAUCCAGGCUGCCCAGCCCUCAGUUAUUCAGUCCCCACAAGUCCAGACAGUUCAGAUCUCCACUAUUGCAGAAAGUGAAGAUUCACAGGAAUCCGUGGACAGCGUCACAGACUCCCAGAAACGCAGGGAGAUUCUUUCCAGACGACCUUCUUACAGAAAAAUCUUGAACGACUUGUCGUCAGAUGCUCCAGGAGUGCCACGGAUUGAAGAAGAAAAGUCUGAAGAGGAAGCAACAGCACCUGCCAUCACGACUGUCACGGUGCCAACUCCAAUUUACCAGACAAGCAGUGGGCAAUACAUUGCCAUCACCCAGGGAGGUGCAAUCCAGCUGGCUAAUAAUGGCACCGAUGGAGUCCAAGGCCUGCAGACGCUCACCAUGACCAAUGCCGCUGCAACCCAGCCUGGUACCACCAUUUUACAGUAUGCACAGACCACGGAUGGACAGCAGAUUCUCGUGCCCAGCAACCAAGUUGUUGUACAAGCUGCCUCAGGAGAUGUCCAGACCUACCAAAUUCGCACAGCACCUACAAGCACCAUUGCACCUGGUGUCGUGAUGGCAUCCUCCCCAGCACUUCCCACCCAGCCAGCAGAGGAAGCAGCGCGGAAGAGAGAAGUCCGCCUAAUGAAGAACAGGGAAGCAGCACGCGAGUGCCGCAGGAAGAAAAAAGAAUAUGUCAAAUGUCUAGAAAACAGAGUGGCUGUGCUUGAAAACCAAAACAAGACAUUGAUUGAAGAGCUAAAAGCACUUAAGGACCUUUAUUGCCACAAAUCGGAUUAAUUUUAGAUCCCCAUUUUUGGUUUGUUAAUGUCAGAGAAAGACUGCUUUGGUGACUGCCAGAAAGACAAAGUGGACUUUUUAUUUUCUAAACAUUUCUCUCUCUUUUUUUUUUCUACGCGCAAAACUGCCUGAAAGCAACUGCAGAAUUUUAUCCGUCUGUGCUUUGCAUUAAACUGUGAAUGUUGAAACACCUGCCUCCACUUCUCCCCCACCUUCCCUCUCCCUUCCCCCGAAUUAUUUUCACCACGCUGCAUCCUGGUUGAGAAGAAAGAGAAGAGACUUCCUCAUCUCCCAUCUUCUUCAAGGAAUAAUAACGUUCACUUUUUUGUGUGCGCGCGCAGAGGGGUUUAUUUCAUAAUGCUUUCAAGAAUUAAAACACAGAGCUCGUCUGAAUCCCUCAGAGAUGGUUAUCCUGAGGCUCUGCCCUGAAGUAUUAUGUGGGCUGGAUGCGUACCCAAGGUAUGCUCUGAGGAAGCUGUGGUUGCCAAAUUGUUGCAUGGUUUCAAACCUCCAUUAUCAAACAUUACAGUUGCAGCUACGUGGUAGAAUGAUGCCAAAAGACAUGUACUUCAGGUAUGUAGGUAUGUACACAGUAGGAAUUAAAUGAGCAUAUAGAGAAGGGUUGGGGAGAAGGUGGGAUAGUCACCUGUAACCUCCAUCUGUUUUUUAGAUAGUUUUCUAUAUGAUAAAAGAUGAUUCCAUUGAUUUCCUGGUUUUUUUAUAUAAAAAAAGGAGAGUUCAUGUGUUCAGUCUUUUGAUUGCCCGUAAAGAAAUCAUCUAACGCUUAUGAUAUCCUAAGGGGACAUGGACUCCUAGCAAGCAGUAGAGCAGGAACGGUAACGUUCUGCUUUAGCUUAGAAGUCCAUGAGAUUAUCAUAAAGAAUAAUUCAUUAAAACACCAUUUUUGUUUUGCAUUAUCCAGAGGCGAUGUUAUACAAGGCAACCGCUAGCAGUGCAUACUUUAGUGAAGAUAGGAGUGAAUGUUAACUUUUUCGUGCAGGUAGAGAAUUUUCCCCCCCUAAAUCUCCCUAUUGUGCACACAGAUGGUGUGAAAUUGAACUUUGCUGACUUGUUGAACCUAAGUCAUCAGCCAGACCUGCAUCCCAGUUAAGCUAUCUGAUUUCAGUAGGACUCUGUGUCAUUUAGGGAUCUAGCUGAAUCUAAGUGAAAGUUUCUCAUCUGCAGACAUUCAAACCCUAAGGAGUAAAAAGAAAAAAACUUCCCCUAAGGUGUGUUGCAGGAAUCAGUAAUGUGAUUAAUCAGUAUAAUAUGAUUUAAGGCAGCAAAUAAGCCGUUCAACAUUAGAAAUUCCUUUGUUCAAGCUACUUUGGCUACUUAAGGUGGAAUCAGUUCUCCAGAGGCAAAAUGGACUUAUUUAAGAGAACAUGAAGUUAUUUUGAAUCUCUAAUCCCAGCAGUUAUUUUGAUCCUCACCUCAUCAAUAAAAGCCUGCACAUAAAAUAAGACUGCUCCUGAAAGAAUAUUAGUUCUCAGAUCUUCUUAAAGGUGAUAAAACCAACAUGGCCUAUUGCAAUGUUUUAUCAAUUAAAUCCAACACCUGUAGCUAUAAUUUAGCUAGUAAUUUUACUUAAUAGUGCAUUUGUUUUUUAUGAAAAUAAGUGCAAAUCUUUAUAAUUUACCCUUUUAUCAGAUGAAGACAAAAUUUGUUUGUAAGGCAUGUCACAAAAUCUUUAGAAUUAAAGAAUAUAAAAAGCCUCAUAUUUUAAGCAGCUUAUUUUUAUUUGCAAGGCAAACUUUUCCUCCUGCUAUUGGAUAAAAUAAUACAGACAUUCUGAACAAAAAUAAGUUCUGCCAUUUUAGAAACCCUUUAAUUCUCACAUCAUAAUAUAUUUUUUUAAAAAAACAAAAGCAGAUUCCUACAAAGAAACGGGAUGAUAGAUUAUGGAGAACUCAGAUCCACAAUUUUUACCUGCCUUGUGAGGUUUGUUCCCCUCACCCCCCGAAAUUUUGGUAGAAUCAUGAUCUCUGCUGAUUUUCUCGAAUUGCUAACCUCAUUGAAAACCAUUGUAUGUGUUGAUCUUGGUUUGAGUAAGCCUCUUUCAAAGCUGGCUGUGGAUGUGUCAGGUAAUCUGUUUAAACAUUAUGUAAUAAUCUAAAAUUCGUUCAUCAGGAAAGCAACCACCAAAACUCUCUGCUUGCUGUGUUCUUGGCAUCUCCUGCAAUUAGCUGAGAGAGUUGCAUUUCAGCAAGAGAGCUCAGCAGACAAAUGGGUUGUGGUGGGGCUGACCCUACGCUUAAUUUCAGCCUUUCCCAGGUUCCAUUCGGUCAAAGGAGGCUCAACAUGAACCGCUUGCAGAAUCUAGUGUGGCUCGUCUAUAGGUCAAUUCAGGGUUUUCAUUCUGGAAUCUUUCACCAGCAAUAAAAUAACAUCUGUCAGUUUUUACUUACCCAAUACCGAGAUAUCUGGCAUUUCUUAUGAAAUAAAACAAUUUCCUAUUUCUUAUGUUUUCGGUAACCCAAGUUCAGACUUUACUGGUAUGUCCUUUGUAAUUCUUGACAGCCAAAAGGAACUGAAGAGAAUGCGAAAAACAAGCAAACCCUUAUUUUGUAUAUUGCUAAUUUAUUGAACAAACAGCAAGAUUGUCUUACCUGGUUGUUUUGCAUUUGGCCCCUUUGCUGCUCAACAGAAAUUUUGCUAAAAUACUAAGUUGGUUGCCAGGCUUAAUUGGGAAAAAAAAGGUGUAGAAAGGGCUAGCUCCAUUGUAGUCAUCAUACAUAGGUCUGGUUUCAAGUACAGUUUCUAUCUUUUACAAAAUAAAAGGUACCAUGUAGGCAAUUGAAAUAUUGCCCAGGGUGCUCUUCUAACAGAUAUUCUUGGAAAAUGCGUAUGUAUAAAAUAUGUACAUAUAUAAAAUAUAUAUACACAGUAUAUAAUCUAUAGCUCUGAGAGCUUUUAAGUCAGGAAUGCUGAGUAUUAUAGUAUAUUGAGGUCAGAAAAAAGUUUUACUCUGUGUGUGUGAGAGAGAGAAUGUGCAUGCGUGUUAAUAUACACGCUUCAGCCUCUUGUUUGAGCUACAUUCUUCUGGCGCUUAUUGAUAUGUUGUAUUGUUGUUCACUCACCCAUAUUUAGUGAUUUUAUUUCACUGCAAUUUGUAUUUUUUUAGAAAGUGAAUUAUGGAAUUAUGUCAGCCGUUUUAAGCUCCUCUCUUCCCCCAGAUUGUUCACCUUGUGCUUUGUCUCUUCGGCAGCUAUACAUUAAGGCAAAAAAAUAAAAUAAAAGGAAAAGAUUUGCUUUAUACAAAGGGAACUAAUGACCCACCCACCCCCUUUUUUUUGUGAGAAAAAUAUUUUUCCAGUUUUCUUGCUUUUGUGUGGUUUCUAGUAUCUUAUUCCAGCAUUGCUUGAGUGUGAAAGCACACAUCCGUCUAUAAACAAGCCUGGUGGUUCUAUAGUGUCUCUAUUUCAGAAACAAUUAUCUGAAGCUAAAUAAUUCCCAGUAAGGUGAGAACUUUUGUGGUAUGACCAAAAUCAGUUUUGGUAAUGAGCUCAAAUACAUGACCUGUAGCCUUGGGUGCUGUUGAAGGCUAGAAUGUACAACUACAUGCUUCAGGUGGAGAUUGAAUGUUUGAUUGUGCUCCCACAUGUAUUUUUAAAAAUCCUGCCCAUAAAGAAACUAGUGUUAUGGAGAAGGGUAUACUAUAGCCUUCCACUGACAUAUUAGUUUUUAAUGUUUGGGCAAACAUUUCAAUUGCCAUCUGUAGUGUGAAGUGGCAGUACAGUUCAAAUUUUGCCUUUGAGGGUAUUGAUCAUGCAGCUUGGCUCUUAAUCUGAAGAGCGUCUAGCAUAUUUAUUGUGGUCCUGCUAUUUGUAUGUAUCUCAUUACUUUUAGCUAAUCCACUGACUCUCAGGAUAAACUUUAAAAGAGGCAAUUCUUGCGGGGGGAUCUGCAGGGCAGGACCAAAAAUCUACAGUCCAGUGGAAGUUAGGAAGAUUACAGUCCUUUUAAUGACAUUAGAAAUGUGGCAGAGGGUUGUAUUUAAUUAUUGGAACAAUCAUAUGAGAAAAGGGGAAGCUAAAUUUUGGUGAUGCUAAAUUCAUUUUCUAGUUUGUGAAUAGAACUGAACAUUUCAAGGAUAGAGUCCAGAUGAAAAAAAUGUAAGAUGCAUGGAUUUGUUUUCCUUAAAGAGUGAAGCUACAUAACACACCCAGAUUUAUCAGAAAGCACAACUCCUGAGUAUUUCCUGCUGGCAAUUAAGAUGAGUUGAUGUAAAGUUAAAGACUCUUAAAAUGGGUUUAUUUUUAUAUGCUAUAAACCCAUGGUUGCAUACUUUAUGCCUGUGGAUAGAUUUUAUCAAGUCUUCUAAAUUUUCUAGAUAUAAAGUACACCAACCUCUGUUCUGAGCACAUUGAGAAGCACAGCCAGCUUGGAACUGUUAAAUAUAUGGUGCUGAAAUUUUAGCAGUGCACUGUCUUGUGAUACGUUCAUCUUCCAUGCUGACUAUAGCUUAAGAAUUAUUGCAUGGCUUCACUGCAAGAUGAGAAAUCGGUAGACGGCAUAUCGGAAUGCAAUCCCAAAUAUUUCAUUCUGAUAUAUUUGCAUCCUGAAACAUUGGAAUCUUGAAAUGUAUGUAAACCAUAGUUGUAGGUGAACGGACAGGCUUUUUUUUUUAAUAGCACAAAUUAUUUUUGGUACUGCAAAUGCAGGUCCCUGCUAGCUUGAAGUGAGCGGUCGUACAUUUUAAAGUCAUGUUUACAGAGUCAAAAAUGAUGAGGGUUUGUUCAGGAUUGUUAUUUUGAAUCCUGCUUAUCCUUGCUUAUACCUGCGAGGAAUCUCACCGCAUCUUACUGUACCCUUUCACUCACUUUCUCAGGGUUUGUGCGCACACGUACGUUUUCACCAAUGCAGCAUUUAUUUCCAAGAUGCUUGGUGUCAAGGGGAUGGGUAGCUUACCCCAGUGUAAUGAGGCAACCGAGAACAACUACGCUGGGAUUUAGCUCGUUAAUUUAUGGAUACGUGGCUGCAAAAAUUAAGCACCGAGGUCCUAUGGUUGCCAUUCUUUUGCAGCGCUUUCUGAAUAUGACCCAGUCGCCACUGCCUACCACAAUAACUAUGCUGUAUUGUUUACAUGUGGCCUCUUAGCCUCACAUUGAACCUAAGGCACAUCAAACCUCUCUAAUUAUCUGGAGGUUCUCCUCACUUGAAUUUCUCCUCCUGAUUGACCUGUUGAUAAUGGAAUCAAGUUAGAGAUUGGUGCAGAUUUAAAAACAACCAUUGGCUGUAUCAUUCUAAGCAAGAUACUACUGUAUCAGUCAGUCACUUGAGCCGUGGCCGCAUAUUGAUUUGAUGGACAAUCUGAGGCAGGAAGAAAGAGGAGAGGAGACCUAAAACAGUUUGAUGGUAUUCAAUAAGGUCAUGAUAAAUAAUUGGGAGAUUGUUUUUAAAAUGUUUUCUACCGGUUGCACUUGAGCCAGAUACCACUCCAUAUCUGUGUAAUAGAAUUAUUUCUGUUUUGAAAUAAGAAGAAACUAAAUGCUAGACCUUCAGUUCUAUUUACAACCCUACUACUUUAUGUAUGACCAUUCUGCUUGCAAGAACACACAGAGAGAAAGUUGCGCAAGUGAAGCACCUUCUCUAAAGCUCCUUCGUUAGGUUUGGAAGGCAGUUUACACAUGAAGAAAUCACAAUGCAAAAUUUCAAGUUUCUGGAAUGGGGAUGGCUAUGCUAUUUUUAUUUAAGAGAAACUAAAAUUCACCCCCAUUUCUGAUUCUUCACCCAAAACAAUCAGCACAAAACAGGGUAUUGAACUUUGAAAAAAGUUUCCUCUUGAAAUUAAAUUGCUGAGCAAAGAAAUAUGAACUGGGGGUGGGUUAAUUUCAUUUUGAGAAUCCUCUAUUUCCUAGAAACACCCCUGUUUUAAUUUUGUAAUUAUUGUUUUGUGCGUUUAUUCCCCCCACCCCACGUACUGAGUUACACUGCUUUUUAUUAACAUUGUGUACAUACUAACUGCUUUGUGUUUCAGAAUGCUAGUAAUUGCUUUGUAUAUUAAAGUGAUCCUUGUGAAUUUGUGAAUUGUCAUAAAAGUGCUUUUUCUUACUGUAAAGUUUGUGGUAUAAACUGUCAUAACACCCUUUUUACACAUUUAUGUGCAGACACAUAAACAUGCUUUUAAAAUCA